AUUUUCCCCAUUUUUCCCAUUUUUUCAGAUGUUGAGGAUUUGCUCCGGUUCCUUCGGCCGCUCCACGAGGGGACUCUGGUGCUCGUGGCCUCCUACGACGACCCCGCCACAAAACUGACAGAGGAGUCCCGGCGGCUCUUUGGGGAGUUGGGCAGCGCCGUGGCCAAAGAUUUGGGGUUCAGGGACAGUUGGGUGUUCGUGGGGGCCAAAGGGGUGCAGGACCUCAGCCCCUUCGAGCAGGUGGGGA